AUGACGACACUCAUCCGGACUCCUUCACCCAAGGUGCGCAUACGAUCGUUGUCCUUCGACUCGCCUUCUUCGCGUAUCAGUGACACGCCCAUUGACGAUGGGCCCCUGUCAAAGUCGACGGGCUCGCUCAUUACACUCUCAAGCUACGAUGCCAUCAAAGCCGCCGCACAGGAAGCGAUACGCUCCGUCAGAAUGCUACUACCUCUGAACACCAAAAUGAGCGAUGAUUCCAUCUUCUCCGAAGCAUCCAGCCCCGCCUCUUCAGCAGCAAGUUCUCCGAGCUCGGCUGGAGGCGGAAUAGAACUGUCCACCCCACCACUGUCAUCGUCGCGACGUCAACGCCCACGUCCUCACCCUUUACAAUUCACACAACAGACGAGCUAUGAGAGUAAAGUCGCUGCGGUACCGACCUCACCGUUUCUUUACCAAGAUACAAGUUACGCAAUGUACUCGCCAUGGCUGGUUCGCGUAGUACUAGACAUGUACGACGUCAGGGGACUGGACUGGAUGGCGAUUGCGGAUCCAAUCGAGCGGGUAUGGGGCGUACAGACUAGUAGCGCUGAUGUGCUCGGGAUUUUGAGUGACAACGGGCGUGUGCUCAAUCGGCGCUGGUGGGAUUGA